AUGGAUUUGGAUUCUGAGCAACAACUGCCGUCUCCGUCUCCUUCUACUGAAGAGCGGACGGCAUCAUCCGAGAUGACGACGCCGGAGCCCUACCAAUUCCCCACGCAAAAGCUGCGGCGACGACAAACCCAGCCGGGCAAGACCCCUCUGGUGCUGGUGGCCUGUGGCAGCUUCUCGCCCAUCACCUUUCUGCACCUGCGCAUGUUCGCUAUGGCGGCCGACUACGUGCGCAUGAACACCGACUUUGAGGUCGUCGGCGGCUAUCUGUCGCCCGUGUCGGACGCCUACAAGAAGGUGGGCCUGGCGCCGGCGAGUCAUAGAAUUAACAUGUGCGAAUUGGCCGUGCAGACAUCAAAAUGGAUCAGCGUGGACCCCUGGGAGGCAACCCAGCCCGGCUACGUGCCCACGGCCGAGGUGCUCGACCAUUUCGACCACGAGAUCAACACGGUCCUGAACGGGGUGGAGGAUGUGGAUGGAAAGCGGACCAGUGUGCGAAUCGCCCUGCUGGCGGGGGCAGACUUAAUCCAGACAAUGUCGCAGCCCGGUGUUUGGAGCGCUCGCGAUCUCGAGCACAUCCUGGGCGACUUUGGCGUCUUCGUGCUGGAGCGGGCAGGCACCGACAUCGACGAGGCGCUGGCCAGUCUCAAGCAAUGGGAGGACAAGAUCUACUGCAUUCCGCAGGUCAUCCCCAAUGAGAUUUCCAGCACCAAGGUCCGGCUGCUCCUGAGGCGGCAGAUGAGCAUCGACUACCUGACGCCUGACGUGGUAGUCGACUACAUCGAGGAGAACGGCCUGUAUCGAGAGGAGGAUGCUGCCCAUACGGGGAAAGGAAAGGCCAAAGCUAGCCCUAGUACGGGGUGA